AUGAACAUCAAUGAAAAGUUGCAGCAUGAAGAUGGGACUGACAAAGUUAAUUCAACAUUGUUCAGAAAUUUAACUGAUGGUUUGAAUCAUCUUACACACACUAGGCCCAAUAUUGCUUUUUAUGUUAGUGUUCUGUCUAGAUUUAUGCAAAGUCCUACAAAACAACACUUUGGAGCAGCAAAAAGAAUCCUUCGUUAUGUUGCAGGAAUUGUGAAUUUUGGUAUUUGGUACUGCAAAGUAUCAAAUUUCAAAUUAAUUGGUUUCACUGACAGUGAUUGGGCAUGUUAUUUAGAUGAUCGAAAAAAAACUUCUGGCAAUGUUUUUAGCUUUGGUUCUGUAGUAGUAACAUGGAGUUCAAAGAAGCAAGAAACAAUAGCACUAUCAUCAUCUGAAGCAGAAUAUGCAGUAGCAACAGUAGCGGCACGAUAA